AUGGAUGUGUUUAAAAGUCGGUUGUUGGGGAUCUCCGUGGCCGUUGCGCACGGCGUUUUCUCCGGCUCUCUGAACAUCUUGCUGAAGUUCCUCAUCAGUACUUAUCACUUCAACUUCCUGACGCUCAUCCAGCUCCUGACCAGCAGCACCGCGGCGAUCACUCUCGAGAUCCUCAGGCGGCUGGGGAAGGUCAAGAUCCCGCCGUUCAGCAUCGAACUAUCCAAGGAGUUUGGCCCGGUUUGUAUCCUCUCCACGCUGCAGUCCACUCUCACUCUGUGGUCUCUGCGUGGCCUCAGCCUGCCCAUGUAUGUCGUGUUCAAACGCUGCCUGCCGCUCUUCACGCUUAGCAUCGGCGUGUGUGUGCUGAGGAACGGCGUGCCUUCCAUCGGCGUGGUGAUUGCCGUGAUCAUCACCACUGCUGGAGCUGCACUGGCUGGCGCUGGUGAUCUCACCGGCGAUCCAUUUGGAUACAUCACUGGUGUGUUGGCGGUCAUCAUCCACGCCUCCUACCUGGUCCUGAUCCAGAAAACCAGUCUGGACAGCGAGUAUGGACCACUCACAGCGCAGUACGCCAUUGCUGUGAUGGCCUCACCGGUGCUUCUGGUAUGCUCCUUUAUCUCCUUGGACACCAUCAACAUGUGGUCAUACGAGGGCUGGAAGGACCCCCACAUCACGGUCAUCUUCGUCUUCUGUGUCUUUAUCGGCUGUGCCAUGAACUUCACCACGCUGCACUGCACCUACAUCAACUCCGCUGUCACCACCAGCUUUGUUGGCGUGGUCAAGAGCAUCGCCACCAUCACUGUCGGCAUGUUGGCAUUCAGCGAUGUUGCGCCGACGAAUCUGUUCAUCGGAGGUGUGGUGGUCAACACAGUCGGCUCCAUCACCUACUGUGUGGUCAAAUACUUUGAGGCGAAGAAAAAGAGCUUGUACGAGGACCUGGAGGAGGCUGGGAAGGAUGGUGCGUUACCUGGCGAGCCUUACCAAGAGAAACCAUCCCUGAACGGCGACGGGCCCGCUGCUGGCACCGGGUCUGAUCCAGGAAAUCCGGAGAUAGAGGGAGUAUUGAGCAGUGACCGGAUGGAGGAGGCAGCUCCGGCUGGCUUAGCUAAUGGAGAGUUGUGGACAGGGAAUGGUGGAAAAGGAGACGGAGAAGCAGGUGUGAAUUCCCACAUCAUGACGGAAAAGGAGAUGCUGGAGAUGCAGAGGGAGCACCUCCAAAGGGAGAACACCAGUUCCAGUCAGUCGGCUAGUGACAGCUAUGUUGGAGUGUGGAGGUCCAUCAGACAUCUGCAGUUUAUGAAGAAAGACCCUUUGAUUGAUAACAUGGAGCAGCAGAGUCCAUAAGGACAGGACAGAGACCUGGACAGACUCUAGAAAAGAAAACUGGGAAUGAAUUAGAGGAUUAAAAAAAAGUCUUGAACAUGCUGAAGAAGGAAGAAGAGGAGACUAAAGCUGUCCACCGGGAACAUCUUUUAUUACCGUUAGCAGUGCUGAACAAAUGUGUGUUGGAAACACUGGUAAUGUUUGCUGCCCACGCUUUUGUGCUAAAAGUUCAAUUUCAUCACACAAGAUUUUUAGCGGAGAGAAGAGGCUCUCAGUUUUGUUAAAAGCAGGAAAAUGACAGCCAUGUAGUUUGUUUAUGACAAGGAUUAACAAAAAAGAGGUUCCUGGUGGAGAAAACUGGAUGAAGGGUUUUGGAAGAAGCUGCCUGUCGGUGAUAAAUUCUGCCUCUUGUCUCCUUCAGCUCUUUGGCAUCUGCAGGGGACCAGGCUGGCCACGGUGUAGCAUGAUUUCGUUUGCGUCCCCGCGGAUUAGCCAGCUAGCCAAGCAAAAGCAGGUCGUGUAGAAAAAGAGUGCAACUUGUGCAAACUCAAAUGUCACAUCCAAUCAGGGAACAGCAAACAGCAGAAAACCUACAGUUUUUGUUAUAUGAAAACCUGGAUGAAUUCUUGUUUCUGAUUGGCUGGAGGCUGUGAAUUAAAACCUCUAAUGCACUCAGAUGAAGUUUAUUCAUUUGUGAAAGCACGCAGUGGCUAUUAAAUGAUAACAUAUCUAAAUCUAUGGUCACAUUGGGUUUGUUUAAGUCUGACAAUGAGUUUUAUUGUUUGUCUCCCUCUAACCCUGCAGGUCCACUGUCACACUUGUUUACUUUUGGUUUACCAUUUAUGUGCUUGCUUAUGCUGCAUUCCAAGCAACUGGGAACUCGGACAUUUCCGACCUCACAGUAAAACAUGUUGUGCUUGUAAAUGGAUGUAGAAAUAUGUUGCUAGGUAGCUGGUUACA